AUGGCUGUAAAGCCCCCCCACCCCCACCCGCGGCAGUCCCCAGAUGAAGGACGUUUCAAGGCUCGUGAGAUAGGCCCAGAGCAGAUCCAGAUUUGCGCGUGGUCUUUGUCGGCUUCCACCGUGGCGUACCGUGGCCAGGGCCAAAAAGUGCAGAAGGUGAUCAAUCUCAUCUUCAGAUACUUGCAAAAUAGAUCUCGAAUUCAGGUGUGGCUUUAUGAGCAAGUGAACUUGCGAAUAGAGGGCUGUAUCAUUGGUUUUGAUGAGUACAUGAACCUCGUAUUAGAUGAUGCCGAAGAGAUUCAUUCUAAAACAAAGUCAAGAAAACAACUGGGUCGGAUCAUGCUAAAAGGAAAUAAUAUUACCCUGUUCCAGAGUGUCUCCAACUAG